AAUUCGCCUCAUGGAAAGCCGAAAAAUCUGCAAGACUGUUUGGAUCAAGACACUGACUAUUCUAAAUUAGCAGAUCUCCAUUCCGAGCCGAAAAGGAGAGCUGUCUCUCAUGUAAUAGACGUUCCCUGCAAAGUGAGCCGUGCGCGUCACUCAACCAGCAGUAGCACAGGGGAGAGUACUCAGGAUGAUACAGAGAUGAUGGAUGACCACAUGGCGGCCAUGGUGCUGACCAGUCUCUCAGUCAGUCCAGUGUCCCCUGUCUUUCCACAGAGUCCAUCUGACCAUCUCAGAGGCGAGUCUAAGCCCUUCUCACGAGCAUAUGCAGAUAGCCAGUAUUCCAGCAGUUUCACAAGCGGCAGUUUCCUCAGCUCAACGUGUCGUUCAGACAGAAGUGACCCUUCCCCUCCCCUCUCAGUGCCCCUCAGUGGGAGCGCACCAUCGCCGUCUUACAUCGGCAGCUUCCCUUGUGUGGAUGAAGGAAUUGACCUCGAAGAAAAUGUCCGCCAGUACUUUGACAAAGCAACGGACGUUGUACCAGACAAGGGACCAAAGAAGACAAUGUUCAAAUGCACUUUCCCUAAAUGUGGUAAGAUAUUCAGCACCUGCCCAGCAGUGGAGAAACAUGUCAGGGGAAAUCAUCUUGAGAUGAAAGAGGACAGUCCCGAUCUGUCAGACCAUGAAGAAGAGUUCUACUACACGGAAAUUGAAGUCAAUGUGGAAAAUGUCACAAAAACUUUCUCAGACAUGAGUACAUCAUCUUCACCUACAUCGAGUUUCGAGCCUUUGAAAACACCCAUAAGCGAUCAUGACUAUCAGAGAAAGUUUCAUCAAGGUCAAAGUCAAGGUCAGUUGCAGUCCUCCUCGGUUCCUGGAGAAGGUGCAUUCUUCGGCCAAGCGACUUCGAACCCAAUUCCAAUCAAUAUGUCAGAGGUCAAAAGGUCAUUGUCUUGGCAGAAUUCGCCGGGUUUUCCUGGGCAGGCGUUAUCUCCCUUGUCCCGGUUCUCCCGACCCAGCCCACAGGAGCGUCUCCAACAACACCAGGCCCAGUCUCCCAAAACUCACACCAUUUCCUCCUCACCCAAGAGUCUGAGCCAGUACAAGAAGCCGCGCAGUGACGUCAGGAAGUGCCGCAAAGUGUAUGGGAUGGAAAACAGAGACAUGUGGUGUACACAGUGCAAGUGGAAGAAGGCGUGUACAAGAUUCAUGGAAUGAGUUGGCAAGUUGCUCGUUUGCCAAAUUUUCAGUCAGUCUAAAUGUCUCCGAGGCUUGGAGUAGACAAAAUCAAGAAAACAAAAGCCCCAGGGCGAAUAGUGCGCAGGUAGCUGUGCAUUCUCUAGCAAUUAUGUCCUUCUCAGGUUUAAACAGAGUGCCCUAAUGAACUAAUGCACUUGUUUGCCUAACUUACACAUCGAGGUAUGUAUAUAGGUGCCAGUUGUGAGAUCAGCCUUCAUCAUACCUGAAUUAUAGACUGUGUUAAAGUGCAACUCUCAUUCAGGUAAUAAGAUUUUGUACCUGACCGUCAUCCAGGUAUGUACCUGUACAUGGUGUAAAUCUCUUGCACCUGACUCUAGGCCUACUUGCCAUAUACUGGGCUUAGUUGUUGAAGGACUGGUAUGUUAGGGUUGAGAGUAGAAUUAAAUCACAACCAUGAUAGUGUAUUAGUACUUACAUGCAGCCCUCAUCAGAAGGGCCUGUUUUUCAUGCCGAGGUUGAGGUCAACCUUCACCUUGAGGUCAACCUUCACUUUACAAGUGAAAGUCCCUCAUGCCAUCUUGUAUCCAACAUCAUCUUGAUGUCUCUUGGAAUCCGUCAGCAUAAACAUCUCAGAUGGUAAGAAGAAAUUGUUCUUAAAGCAAAAAAAAACCUUCUUUUGUGACAUUCAGAAAGUUUUAUGUAUGUAAUCUCAGUAGAACUUACAGUUGCUUUGUACAGUUGAGAACAACAUUCUGGAAUGGUACUGUAUGAAACCUGCCUAGCUGUUAUUGUUAUUAUUCUUAGUGCUGAUGUUACCGUCUGUUGGUGAAUGGAGUGUACUGUGCCAAUGUUGUUAUGUCUGUCAGUGCCACUGCAUGGGGUGGGUUAUAGCAUGGAAUGUUGUGUGCUUCAGUCGUACUGGCAGUUUUCUGUGAAUUGAAGUCACCCUAGGUGGCAUUGUUAUGAAUUGUGGUCAGUGCAUAAUAGACAAUAAUAACAGUGCAUUUAGGAGCUUCCCUAAUUUUGUGUGAGGAUAAGUAUAAAAGGUGGAGAUAUUUAUAGACAAUUUUAUUUUUAAAAAGUUGUUACAGGAAGAUAAGCAUGCAUGAGACUUGAUAGCCCAUGUGGAAAUAGUGCUGGUGGAUUUUAGUGUCUUGCAAUUUUAUGGGCAGAAACAUGCUCAAAUUGUUUAAUCGUUACACCAAACUGAAACAGAUACUUACAUAGAGACAGCCUGAGGUAGCACAUUUCAUUCAUUAAAAGCCUAGAUUACCGAGUCUGAGGGAUUGUAGGGGAAGUAACUCUUAUGUAUGAUUUGUCUCAAAUGAGCUGCCGUCUUGUGACAAUUAAGUCUCAUGAAAAUUUGACAUGGUGCCUUCCAUGUGAUGUUUAGAACUGAACUAAAAUGUCAAGGAUGUGGACAGAUUGGGAUUUAAUUGUGAAGACUAUAUUACAAAUCUGUUCACUCAGAGGAGACGAUCAGUUUCUGAAUUGUGAGAAUACCAUCUGGUCCAUAUACUAGUAUUCUGAAGGAGUUGCGUCCCUUGAGCCCAUACUUUUUGUUUUCAUUACAGAGAGUAGGGCCUGUGUGAGUGCAUUGUAGAGAGAUACGAUUUGUCAGUCAAUGCAGUUAAUAAUACCUCUGAAAACUUUUUCAAAGACAAGAUUGACUGGCAAAGGGUUUACUUACCAGACUUCCCAAGUUCAAAUUGUGGAACAUAUGCUCAUGAAAAGAUAAGGUGACUUACCAUCAACUGAUCAUCAGAGUUUUUCACACAUUGCUGUUCCUCUGUAUUCAAGCAUUUGGACUGAAAUUAGACUCUUGUAUGACUUUGUUGUUUUCAUCGUCUAUUUCUUAUGGCCUGUGACUGAAAAUCUGUAUCAAACUCAUGAAACUCAUCAAACCUCAGAAAUUUGAGGCUGACAUCGAAUACUUUGGUUUCAUGUAUGUCUUUUAACAGAAAGGAUAUUUAAGUGAUGCAGAAUUGAAAAACAAAAACGUUGAUUUUAACUGUGUGACAGCAAAACAUUGUUUUGAUCCACAUUGAAUAUAUGUAAAGCAGUAGUGUACUGUGAUCGUGGAAGCGACUUUUGCAAUAUACGUAAUGCAAUUAUAUUGACACAAACUCAUGCGGUUUAUUUUUAAGAGCUGCAAAAAGGCUCUAAAUUUUUUAAUAUAACAUUACAAAUUUGGUGAAUUAUGCAACAUGGUUAAGAAAAAAAUGUAGCUCAAUGUUUUUUCCUCAGUGUUCGGUUUUGUAAUUCAGAGAUACUUGUACCCCAGUAGCCAGAUUAGUAUUACCAGGUACCUUUCAUCUCAAUCAGCCCAAGCACAUGUUAUACUGACUUCUCUUGUCCCAGUAGUUUUACUUAGUUUAUAAAUACAUAAGAACAAAUCCUGUAGCUUCCACAUUUGUCAUGUAGUGCUAAUCCACAGUAUUUGAUUGUUUAUUAAUUGUGGUUGUUAAUAAUUUUGUCAGCUAUUAAAAGAAUUUGUAUUUUCAAAAGACAUUUUUGUCAUAUGAAAUAUAGACAAUCAUGUAAAAUGUGCUAGUUUUAAAUUUGAACUGUUCAGAUUAUAUUAUGAAUUUUUAAAAAUUUCAUUAUUGUUGUCUUGUACAUUCUCAAAACUGUACUUUUAUAUGUUUAGUCCAAUAUUUAAAAGAAAAAAGAUAGUUGUAAUUCUCAACAUAAUAAUGAAAAUCCUUAAUUUGCAUAUUUAUCAGUGAACAAUCUUUGUAUUGCAGUGCUGUGAAUUGCACUUUUCAUAACAUAUGUCAGAGGGCUAGCUUCUGACAUGCAGAAUAAAUGGCACAACAUCUUGUCUCAUUGAGAUGGUUAGAAUCUUUGUAUAAGUAGACAUGAAAUAUUCAGCAUGUAGUUAUGUAAACUGCACCUGUCUUGUAUAAGCACUAAUCAAUGCAUACCUAUUUUGACCAAGAAAAACAAUGCAAAUAGAGAAUCGUAUGUGUGGCGCUAUAAUGAGAAUAAGUAGUUAUGAGCACAAGGUGAAAUCUUACCACCUGGGGAAGUGUGAGUCUUUGAACCUGUACCUUUGUAAAUGAUGUCUUUUUUGCUUAGAAACAAUGAUGUGUUUAGACUCAUGAACAUCUUACCCAACGUUUUACCUCACAAUGAAAUCACGAGAAUUAAAGGUUUUAGUUCAUGUCUGUCUUUGUUCAAACAAAAAACAGCUCACUCGUUCAUUGAAGACUGCAUUUAAUAAAUGUGUUUUUUCUGUUUCUAUUUUAAGAAUACAUAUUCAUAAAUGUUGGUGAAAAACCAGUGCAGUUAUCAGAUAGAUUGUAAACAGUCAUAGAAACCAGAUGUCACAGAAAUCCCAAUCUUUGAUUAUAUUUGUUAUUCCAGCAGAAUUUAGCACUGAAUCAAAUCAAGACAGGAGAGAGGGGGUACGUAGUGUUGGGAGAUGUUAUUGGAAAUGUUUACCAUUCCUACAAUCUCUUGUAUUUUUCAAGAAACAAAUGAGGCUGAUAAUGUGUUGAUAAUCAGUUGCUACAUUACAUUGCACCUGACAAGGCUGGUUGCUGUGGCACAGUUAAAAUUAGGUCCCAUUAUGGGCACAUUUUGUGAAAGAAACUGAAGUUUGAAUUAUGUAACCACAGAAUAUGCCACCAUUUGUCUACCAACCCCAGUAGAGAUAGUUUCAUUCACGUUUUUGUAUCAGCUGAGAUUCAGGUUGGAAAUUUUCAAGUCAACGUCGUGAAGAAAUCCAAAAUUGUUUUGUGGGAUAGAAUUUUUUUUUUGUUCUGAUUCGUGUGUUACGUCGAACUUAAGAAUAUUUCACUGAUGUGACGGCGGCCAGCAUUAUGGUGGGAGAAAACCCGGCAGAGCCCGGGGUCUGUGGGAUAGACAAAAAAAAACUACUAACAUAGCAUAAGUCGCAUGGCUUCUUCGUAUAAGGUCUGCCCCACACUGUUGGAUUUGGCGCCGAUGUAUCAGAAGUGACAGUAUCAGAAGAGGGAGGUGGGUGAUGUUUCUUUGCCGGUGCCAUUUCACAGGCUGUCUGGUCCCUGUAUUCUAAAUGAUAAUCAUUUUGUAUCUCAUAUCAGGUAACAGUUAUUGUGAUGUGUAUGCUAAAGGUAUAAUACUGGUGUAAAGUGGUACAAAGACCGACUAUGUACCAUUCCAAUGAAGUUGCUGUUGAUGUUUGUUGAUAUUGUGAGUGAUAUUAUUGUGUGUCUGUUGUCUUGUACAUAGAAGUGGUGUCUUUGUUGUUGUUUUAAUUAUUGAUUAAUUAUUAAGGUUUAUUUUAGGUAUGUGUAAUAAUAGUGGAGGUUUGCACGGUUUAUGCUAUCUCCAAACAGACAGUCCUUGUACAAAACUUUGAAAGUUUUAGACUUUCUGUUUUAAAACUUUGAAUGAUUUUUGGUGAAUCACCCCUCAAGGUUUGAUACUUUGUAUGACAAUGUAGUUUUCCUGGAAAACGAAGCAAAGAUCACAGUCAUUUUGACAAAAUUGUGACGAGAUUGUGACAUUACAUGCCUAUAUGACCCUAAUUCUGACAUGUAUAACAUCCUGAAGUCAGUUGUUUGAGGUUUAAUUUCAUGGCAUCUACUUCAUUUGGAUCUCCAGUAAAUUACGUAAAAUGUAAUAUUGCCUUUGUUAAUUGUGAAUUUGUUUAAGUUGUGAGAUUCACGGGACAGAAGCCGAAUAGUUAAAAUCAGUUGUAAAGGGCAUCUGUGGUAUAAUACAAGAGAAUACUCCAUUCAACUCUAUGCUUCAUGAGUUAGUUAGAAGAUGCACUGUACUUGGUAGAAUAAAAAUGGCGUCGACCCGUAGACAAAACUCAACAAAAACGACUAAUCUUGCUUGGAGAGAGUGUAAUCCGUGUUUCAGCUUUCUUGUACACAUAUGUUUAUGGUUUUGGAUAAAAACUGUGAUUCUAUUUUAUAUGCUAAUAUGUUCAAUCUAUCUGGCGCUUUUUUUAAAUGUGAUUUAAAACAUCCAUUGAAUUUUUA